GAAGGCAGAAAUGUAAUUGAAGAUCCUCCAAAUUAAUUGCCCGUUUACUGUGCAUUUGACUGUUCCUCGCACAGCUCCCUUUGUUAUAUAGUAUGGUAAUUUGCAUCAAGACUGGAACGAAAGUCACAUUCAAAACUAUACAAGAAUGGAAGAAACAAUGCUCUACACAAUUGUCAUCACUUUUUUCCUAGUUGUGGCUGUGAAGUUGAUGCUACAAACAAGAAGACAGCGCAGAAACUUUCCACCAAGUCCACCUUCUUUUGCAAUCAUAGGCCAUCUCCAUCUCCUGAAACAACCCAUCCAUAAAUCUCUCAACAAUCUCUCCCAAAAGUAUGGUCCCAUCAUGUAUCUCCGCCUUGGUUCGCAUCCUGCAAUAGUCAUCUCAUCACCGUCAGCUGUUGAAGAAUGCUUCACCAAGAACGAUAUUGUUCUCGCCAACCGCCCUGAUUUCUCCUUGGGCAGGUACGUAAACUACAACAACACUACUCUCGGCGCUGCAAGAUACGGCGAUCAUUGGCGCAACCUCCGCAGAAUAAGCACCGUUGAAAUCCUAUCAUCCGCUCGUCUCAACCAGUUUCGAAGCAUCCGAAAUGAAGAAGUCAGUGCAUUACUUGGCAGACUUCAUCGAGUUUCUUCCCAGGGCUUUGCCAAGGUAGAGCUAAGAUCAGUCUUUUGCGACCUGACCACUAACAUAAUAAUGAGAAUGAUUGCUGGGAAGCGUUACUAUGGCGAAGAAGUGAUAGAAUCAAGCAGAGAGGAGGCGAACAAGUUUAGGGAGAUAAUAGAGGAGUUCUUUGCAUAUACUGAGGUUACAAAUCUAGGUGAUUUGUUUCCUAUUCUACAGUGGAUUGAUUAUGGUGGAUUUAUAAAAAAGCUGGUUAGACUUGCUGAAAAGAUUGAUUCAUCCUUUCAAGAACUGAUUGAAGAGCAUCGACAUAAUGAGGAUAGAAAUACAAUGAUAAAUCACUUGCUUGCUCUACAGGAAUCUCAACCUCAAUACUAUACAGAUGAAAUAAUCAAAGGCCUGAUUCUGGUUAUGCUGACUGCUGGAACAGAAACCUCAUCUACGGCUUUAGAAUGGGCAAUAUCAAAUUUGCUCAACAAUCCGAAUGUUUUAAAAAAGGCUAGAGUAGAGAUAAACACUCAGAUUGGUGAAGACCGAUUGAUAGAUGAAUCAGAUUUGCCAAAAUUAAACUAUCUUCAGAGCAUCAUCCUAGAGAACUUGAGACUGUGUCCAGUUGCUCCACUUCUAGUGCCUCACUUGUCAUCUGAUGAUUGCACCAUUGGGGGAUUCCAUGUGCCCUCCAAUACAAUAUUAUUUGCAAACGUUUGGGCCAUUCAAAGAGAUCCUAAGUUGUGGGAAGACCCAACAAGUUUUAAACCAGAGAGAUUUGAGAAUGGGAAAGCUAAAGCAUUCAAGUUCUUGCCUUUUGGGUUGGGAAGGAGAGCUUGUCCUGGAGAAGGCUUGGCAAAUAGAACAAUGGGCUUGACUUUGGGUUCAUUGAUUCAAUGCUUUGAGUGGGAAACGGUUGAUGGUAAGGAGAUCGAUAUGACUGAAAAGACAACAAUCAAUAUGACCAAAGUUAUACCCUUGGUGGUCAUGUUUGAGGUAAUUAGGCCAAUUAGGCGACUUGAACCUUCUGCAACCUCCAUCCCAGCUCACGGUCGGGUGGCUCAAUCCAAACGGGCCUCUACUUUAUGGAAAGAAAAUCUUCUCGUAGAUGAGUUGCCAUUGGUUCUCCAGGAAACUGAUCUGCAAUCCUUUAGUCAAGAGUAUAACCUUCGGACUCACUCUUACGAGCUUAUCAUAUGCCAUGGAAUGGCUGGAGGCAAAAGCGCAAAGGAGAGCCGCAAGCGGAAAAGAGAGGUCUCCCAGAAGGUGCGAGAAAUGAAGAUCGCCGCGGCAUCCCAGACGCCAAGGCGAGAUUCGGGAGAAGUGCCGGGCUCUUCAUCCCGACCUUCAGAACAACCGAUCCCAGAGGUGGAGAUCGCUCCUUCCCCUCCUCGACAGGAAGAACCGCCACCUCCGCCUGUUUCCUCAAGUGCCGAGGGAGGAUCUUUUCAACUUGCUGUAAGGCCCCUCUCUCAUGGCGCCCAGGGAAAAGGCUCACCUCCUGAGGCAGGAAAUUCUGAAAGUGGUCUAAGAUGCCGCUUCCGCCCGAGCCCAACUUUCGUUCGCUUAAGACUAUAUCACCGAGAUUGA